UCCUGCCUGCUGCUCCUGCACCAUGAAAACCCUGCUUUGUGACCUCCUGCUGCUCAGCCUCUUCUCCAGCGCGUCAGGCAGCUGUCAGAAGGACUGUCUGACCUGCAGAGAGAAGCUGCGCCCGGCCCUGGACAGCUUCAGCCUGGAGAUAUGUAUCUUCGAGUGUGAAGGAAAGGUCUUGUCCAGCCCUCUCUGGACCCCGUGCACCAAGGUCAUGGCCAGGGGCUCCUGGCAGCUCAGUCCUGCAGACCCAGAGCACUUGGCAUCUGCUCUUUACCAGCCAAAAGCCUCCGAGACACAUUUGAAGCGAAUGCCCCGUGUCCGGAGCCUAUUCCAAGAGCAGAAAGAGACAGAGCCAGGCAUGGAUGAGGUUGGAGAGAAGGAGCAGAAGCAGCUGCAGAAGAGGUUUGGGGGCUUCACUGGGGCCCGGAAGUCGGCCCGGAAGCUGGCCAACCAGAAGCGGUUCAGUGAGUUUAUGAGGCAGUACCUGGUCCUGAGCAUGCAGUCCAGCCAGCGCCGGCGCACCCUGCACCAGAAUGGUGUCCGGGUGAUCCCCAAAACAGCAUGUCUCCAGCCCCAGACCUGCCGGCUGGGCAUCCGGAUCCCUUCCUUCCCACGGCACUGAGCCAGGCUUUGCCCCGAGGUCUCCACCCCCAGGGCGCAGAAUCUCCCUGUCUGGUUGUCUUCUCUCCCCCUUCGCCCGCCCCCAUGGCAUGUUUCAUGACAACCCAGUUGCUACAUCAGAGUGUAUUUUUGU